UGUCUCCAUCCUUUAUUAGUUAAUUGUAAGAAAUCAAAGAAAUCGAACCUCCCUUUUAUCUUUUCCUUCUGUUUAUUCUUGUUUUUCUAACCUUCUUCCAAGAAAAAUACUAUGAAUAAUCUUGGAGUUUUGGGGCAGCAGCAGCGAUUUUCUGUGCUCAAUCUCAAUCUCCAUGUCCCCUUUAACUCCAAGCUCAUGCCAAUGACGGCGCGGCUGCCACUCUCGCGCCCUCACUUCAAUUCCCUUUCUUGUAAAAUUGAAUUUCUCAUGUCUUCUAAAUUGUUCAUAGAACCCAACUCUGCGUUUCUUGCUCACACCGAGAGUCAGCGUCGUUUAAUAUGCAAAAUGAACAGAAAUUCAGACAUUGUAUCAGAGCUCGAGCUCGGGAAGCACAAAGAGAAACAGAAGCCAGAGAAGCGUGUCAAUGGCAUAUUCUGGAUUCUACUUAUUAAUCUUGGAAUAUAUGUAGCAGAUCAUGUGUUUCAGGUUCGGUGGAUAAAAGACUUGUACUUGUACCAUAGCCAACCUGCUUGGCACCAGUUCAUAACCUCAACAUUCUGUCAUUUUAAUUGGAGUCAUCUAUCAAGCAAUCUCUUUUUCUUGUAUAUUUUUGGAAAACUUGUUGAAGAGGAAGAAGGAAACUUUGCACUAUGGCUUUCCUAUAUCUUGACAGGUGCUGGGGCUAACCUCGUUUCAUGGCUAAUUCUCCCAAGAAAUGCAGUUUCUAUUGGAGCAUCCGGUGCUGUAUUUGGACUCUUUGCGAUUAGCGUCCUUGUGAAGAUGUCGUGGGAUUGGAGAAAGAUUCUUGAAGUACUUAUAUUGGGACAAUUUGUGGUAGAGAAGGUAAUGGAAGCUGCCCAAGCUUCAACAAGCUUAGCAGGCGGUUACAGAGGAGUCUAUGGUGUACAGAACGUGAAUCAUAUAGCACAUCUCUCAGGUGCCCUUGUCGGUGUAGUUUUGAUAUGGCUACUAAGCAGAUUUCCUUCUCCACCUGUGGACGAAAAAUAAGAUUCACCCUGCUAUACUUUCUAAUUUUGUAUUUGAUACAGGAUUUUUUAUUGAGAUGGUUUUUUGAGAUGCUGUAUCUGUGACAGAUGAUAUUGUAUGUUGAUACUAACUUCGGUACAAAAAAUUUAUGAAGUGAAUAUAAUUUGUCACGAGAUA